AUGGAAACUAUUGACGACGAGCCUAGCAAGAACCCAAUAGAACCAGUAGAGAACAGUGUUUCAGUGGGGGUUAAUGAAAUGCAGCCUGUAACUGAAGAAAAGGAUCAAAAUGCUGGCAGUGAUCAUGAACAAAAUAUUAUAGAAAUACGAAAGUCUGAAAGAACAAGAAAGAAGAAAACAACCAAAACAAUUAAGGAAGCAAUGUCAAGACCAGACAAGCAAUAUUGGAUGGACGCUAUAGCUGAAGAAUUAAAAUCUUUCGAGGAAAAUAAGGCCUGGGAGUUAGUGAAUAUGCCAGAAAACUGUAGUAUAGUGGACUGCAAGUGGGUUUUUAAACGAAAAGUAGAUACUGAAAACCAAGUACGAUAUAGAGCUCGGUUGGUAGCUCGAGGUUUCACUCAACAGUAUGGUGUAGAUUAUGAUGAGACUUUUUCUCCAGUCGUUAGGCAUUCACCUUAA